UUCACCAAUCAAUCCGCUUCCGCUCACCGAGUCGUCGAGAUCAAUCGGAGGAAGGAAAGGCAGCGGAGCGAGCUGGGAACUGGGAAGGCAGGGGCGCCGUCGAUCAUAAGAGAGAGGGGCCGGAUCCACCCGCACCACCAACCCACAGCCACCUACCCCGAACCCAAGAGCGGCGAGCGGGGAUGUGCGAGGGGAGGCGGCCGGCGUGGGCGGCGGCGGGGGAGCUGCGGCGGAGGGAGGCGGCGGCGGACGCGCAGCUGGCGGCGGCGCGGGCGCGCCUCGCGGAGGCGCUGGCGGAGCUGGAGCGGGCGCGGGCGCGCGCCGCCGAGCUGCAGCGCCGCCUCGAGCAGACCUACGGCAAGCGGCGGCGGCUCGUCGAGGAGGCGCGCGGCCGGAUCCACGAGAUCCGCGCGCGCCUCCACGGGGGCGAGCCGCAGCAGCCGCCGGCGUCCCCGCGGACGCCGCCCCGCGCGGAACCCGAGCCCCAGACCGAUCGCUCCGCCGCCACUGCCUCCUCCUCCUCCUCGUCUUCCUAGGGCAAAGUGCUUUCAUUUCCAUUUCGCAUUGGGAGCUGCAACGAGCUAGUCAGGCUACGUAUGUAAUAUACUAGUGUCAGUAACUGAAUCGGAUUGGAAAUUGGUGGUAGAAACACUCUAAUGCUACAACAAAUUAAGCUCUGGCCUUCGUUGACCA